ACUACUCCUGCGUUACCCUCCACCAUCUUUACACAUCCCAUAUUCCCACUGACGGCCGCCGGCAAUCUAAUUCAACUGUGUGCCCACCAACGCAAAUUCGUAUAAUCUCGAUACACUCCCAUUGGAUAUAAACUUAAUCGCAUUGUCUCUAUGUUAUUACUGAGGUUCACGGUCUAGUCCUGCUGGCGAUCCAAGCAAACUAAACUGAACCGCGUUGUAGUAAAGGUGCUGAGGCUGUGACUAACUUGGAGUGCGACUACAGCUGGGCACCUCUCAGUGUAGAGUGAGAGCGGCUGCUGGCAAGUGAGCCAAGUUCCUAAAUUUCAGUAGUUUCAGUUCAUGUUACUUAUUUCAGUUUAGUUGUUCGGUGAGACUGAGAAUCGACUUGUGAGAGUUUUCUGUUUAUUCGUUCCGGUACGCCUUUGUGCAUUGUAAAGUGGUGGUCAGUGACAGGAUCUACCAUUUUUCGGAAUUCAUUCAGAGUGUUUAUAAAAAGAGAAGCACGAGUUACCAUUUUCUCGGUAAAUAUCAUUGAAAGACAGUGGUAUCAGUAAUAUCCCGUUUCUGAACUUUUCUAAAGAGGCCGGAUUUUGUCACGGUUUCGGAACAAUGCAAACCAACGGUUCGGAAAAUAUGGAGAAUGGUGCUGAUAAAACAGGAUGGACGAUUGGCUUAAUUAAUGGGAAAUUUAAAUACCUAACAGCCGAGACUUUUGGUUUUAAAAUCAAUGCCAAUGGAGCGAGUUUAAAAAAGAAACAACUUUGGACUUUAGAAGGAAGUGAGCAUCAGGUUUAUCUUCGUUCUCAUCUUGAUCGCUAUUUGGCUGUUGAUCAGUUCGGUAAUGUCACGUGCGAGACUGAAGAUGCUUCGGAUCCAGGAUGUCCCUUUCAAAUAAUGCUCGCAACAGAUGGAAGUGGAAGAUGGGCCUUGAAAAACGUUCAGCGAGGUUAUUUCCUGGGUUCGAGCCAAGAUGAACUCAAAUGUACUGCGAAAGCUCCAGGUGAAGCUGAAUAUUGGCUCGUUCAUCUCGCUGCCAGACCGCAGGUUAACUUGAGGUCAGCUGGACGAAAGCGCUUCGCUCACUUGAGCGCAAUGCAAGACGAAAUCCACGUAGAUGCACCUGUACCAUGGGGAGAAGACACUCUUUUCACUCUGGAAUUCCGCCCAACGGCUUCAGCUGAUGCCGAUGGCGACCGUGCUAAAUCCGUAGGCGGACAUUACGCUCUUCACACUUGCAACAACAAAUAUCUUGCUCGAGACGGAAAGUUGCUUGAUACAUGUACUCGCGACUGUCUUUAUGCAGCAGAGUUUCACGCUGGUCUUCUUGCUCUUAGGGAUAUUCAUGGAGCGUAUUUGGCACCAAUUGGAAGCAAGGCUGUCCUCAAAACGCGCUCAACCACUGUGACGCGCGAUGAACUUUUCUCUCUCGAAGAAUCUUUGCCCCAAGCUUCAUUCGUUGCGGCUCUCAAUCAGCGCUACGUUUCAGUCAAACAAGGUGUUGACGUAACAGCAAAUCAAGAUGAAAUUUCUGGCCACGAAACUUUCCAACUUGAGUUUGAUCGAGUGACAAAAAGAUGGUACAUUCGUACGAUGCAAGAUCGUUACUGGAGUUUGGAGGCUGGCAGUGGUAUCCAAGCGUCCGAUCACAAGCGCUCCUCGAACGCUCUCUUCGACUUAGUCUGGCAGCCUGAGGACGGAACGGUUGCACUCCGGGCCAACAAUGGCAAGUUCCUGGCGACGAAGCGCUCUGGACACUUGUACGCCAAUGCUGAUUCCCUGAAUAAUGGCGACUCGGACGUUUGCAAUUACUACUUCUACCUCAUGAACAGACCCGUUUUGGUUCUUCGAUGCGAGCAAGGCUUCGUUGGACCCAAAAGUACUGCUAGUCCAAAGUUAGAGUGCAAUAAAGCUAGUUAUGAAACUAUUCGAGUUGAGCGCUGCGAACGUGGAGUCGUCAGAUUUAAAGGUCAGAACGGCAAGUACUGGCACGCGGACAGUGAAGGCGUGACGGUGGAUUCUGAUAUGCCGUCCGAAGGAUUUUAUUUGGAGUUGCGAGAGCCAUCGCGUAUAUGUAUAAAGUGUACAGAUGGACGGUACUUAACAGCUGGAAAGAAUGGAGCUCUGCGUCUUGGAGAGUCAGAUUACGCGUCAGCAACAAAAUGGGAAUUUUAACAUGUAUCGCAUUACAUAUUGCCACACACCUAUUACCUCUUUUUAUAAGUAACAUCGCGCCCAGUAAAGGAUACGACGCUGAAAAUAAGUUCUGAUAAUGGCAUUGGCAAAUUGACAUUUUUUUACCAAAUCAACUCGAAAUUUUGCUAUUCAUAUAUCUCGUGUGCAAAAAGAAAACGCCGAUGUUUCCUAGGUUCCUAUAAAAUGCCUGUACGAUUUCGAUGGAGCUCGACAUAAGACUACAAUUCAUUCCAAUUUUUGAUGCAUUUUUACUAUUUAUGUAUAGUAAGAAAAGCGUCAUGUUAGUUUUUCAUUAAUCGCAAUUUUACUGACUGACAUGUAGCUUCAUUUUUACUGUAUACGCGCAUUUUUGUACCAAAUAGAUGUUACGUAAAUGUAAGGAUAAGAUAUACGUUUUUAUAAACAACGAUUAAAUUUAUUAUUUAUCAGUCACCGAUCAAAGUAGACUUCGAUCACCAAAAUAUUUAAUAUUGCAUUUUGUGACUGACGAAAUUUGAUACAAUUUUUAUAUGAUAUUAAUAACAUGGUUUUAUAUGAGUCUCACUUAAUAUAAUACAUGUGCAUAUUGGGGCAUUUUAUAUAAUAAUGUCCUGAUAUUAAAAUAUAUAGGUCAAAUCUAUAUUUUACCAAAAUUUUCUGUCAAUUUUUCAAAAUCAAAUUUUCAUUCUAAACAUGUGUCUGAACUUCGUAUUUGUUGAAGAGCACCUAGAGGUCCUUAUUUAAAUAAAUUAGAAGCGCCUAGAAAUAUUGUGAACCUAGUGCUUCCUUAAAAAAAUAGUAUUCUUAAGUGAGUUACUUAUGAAGAGUACCACGUUUGUAAAUUUUAUUCCUUAAUUUAUUAGUUGAAAAAUUAUUAUUAGUUGCUUAAAUUUUUUUUAGUAUUUAAUUUAAUUUAAAAAUUCCUAAGUGUCGAAUUACAUGAAAUUUUCCAUUCUCCCAAACUUGACACUGACACUUUCUAUUUAUUUUUAAGCAACUUAGUGCUUUGAUGUUUUCACAAAAUUUCAAAAAAAAAUUUGACGCCUCUCAAUGACUGAAAAAAACAAAAAUUUAGGCACACGUUUAAGUCGAGAUAAGAAAAUUAACUUUUGCUCUAUGAUUGAGAAAAAUUGAACAUAAAAUUUUUGCUGAAAUGUUGCAAUAUAUAUUUGAUCCCACUUGAUUUAUUUUUAAUGUUAUGUCUGAAAAAAAACUUGGACUUGAUUGAUUUUAAUUGUUUAUUUUAAAAAUAUUCAUAUAUAGCACUUUAAUGGCAUAAAAUUAAAUAUUUUUUUUAUUUUUUAUUAGUGACAAUAUUCUAUUUAUAGUGUAAUAUUAAAUGCAAACAAUUGUUUAUAAUUGUUUCUAUACGAUAUAUGUAAACUUAGCUUUAUUCACUAUGACACUUCACUAAUUGAAGAAACAUAAUCAUCGUUGGCUCGCUUUCAAAUAAACAAAUUUCUGUCAAAAAAAAA